AUUGCAGCGAAUAUCAUGCUGCGUGUGUAUUGCCGCGCAUUCGGUAGCAAUAGGUGGACGCAGGAAACCUCUUCGGCUGUGGAUCGCACAUGUCCAGGGAAAAACUGUGACGCAACGACCACGACAAGGAGUCCUUCACCCCAUCAAUCAACAAACGAAACGGAUAUCUGCUUCUCGGCUAUGAGAACGUGCCGCGCAACCUCACAACUGAGGAGACGGGAAGCGCUUCUUCUUGCUGGUGUUAGACGUGAACACCUUGAGCUGCAGUCAGAGGAGUAAGAACAACGAUGUCCCAGCAUCAUCCUCUUCUACUAGUAUCAAGACAAGUACAACAAAGUGCCACUUCUUCUACUGAUCGGCUUCUUGCUUCCCUUGCAAAGUGGCGACAUCGGCGUCAAGGAUCCUCUAUUUCUCGUGCUGCUAGCACUUCGCCAGGCAGUCCGCGUUCAUCAAUAUCUACAAAGGAACAGCAGCCGCGUGGUCCUGUUUCCUGGUGCCUGCAGAGGAGGAGGAGUCGUCUUGUAGCCUUUCUUGCCUCUGUUCCUGAUUUGAGAAAAGAGCAUUCUACUCAUCCUUCAAUGAAGAUUAUAUAUGUUUUCAUGUAAUGCUUUGCCAAGUGAUCGUAGGGCUGUUUUACUGAAAAAAUUUUGAUGCUCAUACAUGACGCGAACAAUUUCUGAUACUACAUGUCCACGAUGAAAACCUUCUACAACAAGAAAACCAGAAUGGAAACAAGAAGCUUCAGCAAUCCUUCGAGGUCAUACACAAAUAGGCAAAGCAUGACGCUGGGGAGCACUCCUCACUAGAUAUCGCCACAGCUCGACAUGAUGACAAUAAAGGCCAG